AUGCUGGAGCAGAGUAUUAAGGGUAGUGCUAUUUCUAAGAAAGGCUUCAAGAAAGCCGUGACUGAAACUCAGAAAAAGGGGAAAAAGUGCAGGAGAUGUCGCAAAGAAAGCUAUUCACUUUAUAUCUAUAAAGUACUGAAACAAGUUCAUCCGGAUGCUGGUAUUUCUUCGAAAGCCAUGAGCGUUAUUAAUUCUUUUGUUACUGAUAUGUUUGAGCGCAUUGCGGGGGAGGCAUCCCGCCUGGCGCAUUACAACAAGCGUUCGACCGUCACAUCCAGGGAGAUCCAGACAGCAGUGUGCUUGCUGCUUCCUGGGGAAUUGGCCAAGCACGCGGUGUGCGAGGGCAGCAAGGCCGUCACUAAAUACAGUAAUUCCAAGUAA